AUGUCAACAUCCAACCUCACUUCGCUCCUUACAUGGGGAAAUCUGAAAUCCCUCCUCCUCUUCUUCGGACCUUUUAUCCUGCCUCGCCUCAUCAACUACUACCGCGGCCUUCGAGUCCAACUCGCACAUCGCCCACCUCCACGACCCAUACCAAAUGAUGCAAACCGAGCGCUCAACCUUCUAUUCGGAGUUAUCGUCGUAUUCCUCACGUUAAGCGUGCCGUCCAAUCCAUAUUCCCCAACGCCAAACAUAUUCACACAGACUGGAUCUCGAAUCAAUACUCCUACCGAUGUCAUAUUUGCUCGCUUGACACGACACCGACCCGAUAAUGUGCUGACCGAUUAUGAUAAACUGUUGCGAGGAAACUUGACUACCAUCGCGCAAAAGAAGAUUUACUUGCGAUUCGGCCCCGAUGCGCUUUUAUCCUGCCAGUUCUGCAAUUUGGAGGACUCUUUCUCGUAUCUUCUAUACUACCUACCGCUUAACACACUGGUGCCUCAUUUGGUUCAUUUAGCUAUCAUCGGUAUAGUGACAUCGGCUCCAUUUGCGGGCAUCGAAGCGGGUCGAUGGCGGUCAUGGUUUACAUAUGCCGCGCUGGGGCUAGCUUGUUUUGACUGCUAUGUCAUGACUUCAUACGAUCCCAUCGCAGCUGCCUCUCCGGCUGUUCGUGCGGGUCAAAUCCCUCCUUUGAGUCUCUAUACCAGCAUGAAUAUGAUUAGAUUCUUAUCCUUGACGGUCUUCGACGCCGUCUGCGCUGCAUUGAUCUACAUCUCCGCCACGCAUCGAUUCUUUUAUAGUCCGCCUUCGCCCAACGACCAGAUCAAUCAGGCUCUUGCGGCUGCUACAGCGGCAUUGGCCAGCGCCAAUUCGAAACUACAUGGCUUGAGCGUGACUCGGAAUGCGGUUGUGUGCGAUCAGUCGCUCAAGGCUCGCGAUGACUGGUACUGGAGGACGGCGGUGGCGAUGGAAGGAUCAGGCGAUGCGAACGGUGCUGACGGCGGAAGUAUCUGGGAGGAGGAAGAAGUCGCUCGGGCUAUGUCGCAAGUGAUGAAUGGUCGAAACCGCGGUCGGAAAUUGGAUAUGGCCCAGCUGGGGGUUAAUGCUGGUGAAUAUGUGGAUAAGAUCACUGCUGGGUUAGAGAAUGGCCCUUCGACUUAG